AUGGGGACCAAUAGCAAAUUCAAAGUUGUGAUCGGGGGCGGCAGCAUUACUGGCCUAACGCUGGCGAAUAUGCUACAGCUCUACGAUAUCGACUUCGUAGUCCUCGAAUCUUACUCGGAUAUUGCACCACAGGUCGGUGCAAGCAUUGGUAUGCUUCCGCAUGGAAAUCGCAUUCUGGACCAACUCGGCCUCUACCAGAAGCUCUUGGAGCUUAGCCCCCCGCUCGACUCCUUUCACUUUCGUGAUCACACGGGCAAAAUAUUGUGCGAGUUCCGUGGCAUGAAUCACUCCAUGGGCGAGAGGCACGGCUAUCCUAUCAUCUUCUUAGAUCGCCAAAUGGUGCUCAAAUUGUUGUACGAGAAUAUCAGGGACAAAUCAAAGAUCCUCACGAACAAACGCGUUAAAAACGUCAGAAUUACUGACGAUGGAGUCCUCGUCAAUACUGCUGACGGUUCUUCUUACCAAGGUGACAUUCUCGUCGGGGCUGAUGGAAUUCAUAGCACUGUGAGGACGGAAAUGUGGAACAUUGCGAAUAAGAUGGCCCCUGGUUGGUUUCCAUCCGACGAGCAUAAUUCUGUUCCUGUUGACUAUGGCUGCAUUUUCGGAAUCUCCAACCCUUGCCAGGGUAUCGAACCCGGCGCAUCGAAUUCUGUUUUCAAGAAACACGCGUCUUACAUUGUUAAUGGUGGUGCCGAAGGUCGUGUUUACUGGUUUUACUUUUUCAAGUUGGCAAAGAGAGCUUACGGCGAAGACAUUCCAUCAUACACCAAAGAGGACGAAAAGAAAAUCCUAGCGGCGCGGGAAAACGACAAUAUUACCCCCACCUUGAAAUUUAAGGACAUCCUGGACAACAAGAUAACUUCUGUAUUGGUACCUUUGCAGGAGUAUGUGUUCAAACGUUGGUACUUCAAGCGAAUCAUAACCAUUGGUGACGCCGCACACAAGUUCCACCCCAUAGCAGGGCAUGGAGGUAAUGCAUGUGUUGAGUCUGCAGCAACACUGGUCAACUCGCUCCGAAAUGCACUUGCAAAUUCACGACAUGCGAAACCUACAUUGAAACAGAUUGAGCAGGUUUUUGCAAGAACCCAAGAUAUUCGACAAGCAAGGACAACGACGCUCAAGGAGCAUUCGCAUGAACAGCAACGAACCGAAUUGCUCGAUACACCUUUUCAUCAAUUUAUUGCCUUUCAUAUACUUCCGAAGACUGACACUGAGGACGUAACCUUCAAUUUUUCCCGCAACAUGCCGCUUUCCGAGAAGCUGGAUGACCCGCAACUGAAGUCGAAGGACAGACUUGUGCCAUACAAGGAUGAGCUUCUCAGCACUCCCACUUCUAGAGGUAUCAAAAAAUGGUACUUCAUCAUGAUUUAUCUAUCUAUCGCUGCGAUGGUCCAUUACGGCAUGUGGGUUCAUUCUGCACAUUAUGGCCUUGGCAAACACCUGGAAAACAUUAUCAAAACAGGGAAGUACUCUUACGACCCAAACUUUACUCUCAAACGUACAUACAUCGGAGUCAAGCCCAUUGAUGACUACCUGGUGUUUUUAGCGGCAGUGUAUAUGCCGGGCUUGAAAAGAUGGGAACACAACUUCGCGAACAUUCAAAUGUAUUUUCUUGGAAUGCUCGUUCAACCAAUCGCCAUUUGGUCAGUCGAAGCAUACCGCAAACGCAAUGCGCUAACACCAUUGACAUUGAUCACGAUCUGGUUCACACUUGUCCAAUGGGCAGGAAUCGGAAUCUAUAUGCCGAUUUACUACGCCAUCUACACCUACGUAUCUGAGCCGGAAACCUACUGGUGGCCUCUCAAUCGCGAGGUCAGAGUUCAAUAUGCGAAGUCGCUUACAUGGGCUGUCAUGAUCGGCUAUACUCUACCAACAUUCUUAAUGUUCUCGCCUUGGAAGGAUCCAAACACCUUGCAGGUAUUUGAAGCCCUCUGGCAAAUUUCGCCAAUGCUAGUACCGCUCCUCGGAAACGUUCUUGGACUUGCUUUCGCAAAGUGUUACAAUCUCAAACCCCGCUCGCCAAAAGCCAAAGAAGCUUUUGCAGACGUGACGCAUCUCAAGAACCUCUAUCUCAUUACAGGUACUCUUGGUUUCGUUUUGCACGUGUUUUGUAUCACCAAGAUCCUGUCUUCGCCAGACUCGAGCUUGAAAUCAGUCUUCUGGCCCGAUUUUGCGGCAACGCCGAAAGGUCUUGGGGAAGGUCUGAGUUCCAUCUUUUUGGCAGAUUUCUGGGGUUUCUUCAUUGCUACGUACGUGUGGUUGUGUAUGGCUGUGUGGGACUUAAAGCGUGUUGGACGAACGGUCGUCAGCGUCGGGAAAGCCUCGACCCUAAUUGCCUUAGGUUUCCUCGUUGUGGGACCCGGCGCAACUAUGUCGGCGGUCUGGUCUUGGAGAGAGGAUCUUUUGGCUACCACUUGCUUUGCUGGACGAUUGAACUGA